AUGAGGAGCCUCGAUCCAACCAUUUCAGCCUGGAGGACAGAAGCCACACCAACCAAUGGAAGUUAUGAGUAUCGUCCUCCAAUUUGUGACAUGAAUAAUCUGAUUCCACAAGCGUUCCUCUUCAUCAUUUCCUUGAUUGGACUGGCAGGAAAUGCAUCCGUGAUCUGGUUCUUGGGUUUCCGCAUGCGCAGAAAUGCCUUUUACACCUACAUCCUAAACCUGGCUGCUGCUGACUUGCUCCUUCUCUGCCUCCAUAUCACUUAUUUCCUGGUGGAAGUCCUUGUAAAGGUCUUUCACUUCUCUAUUUUUACAUAUGGUUUCAUACGAACUGGGGCAAGCAUUUUCUAUAUUGCAGGACUGAACAUCCUCAGCGCUAUUAGCACUGAGCGCUGCCUGUCAGUCCUGUGGCCCAUUUGGUACCACUGCCAUCGCCCAACACAUACAUCAGCUAUCAUGUGUGCCCUGCUCUGGGUCCUGUCUAUGCUUCUAAGCAUCCUGGACCGGGUGUACUGUUUUCAUUUAAAAGAAUCUGAAGUUGAUUUUUGUGAAAAAGUUAAUAUUACUCUAACUGCAUGGGUGCUUUUUUCAUUUGUGGUUCUGUUAGGGUCCAGCCUGGUCCUCCUGGGUAGGAUGCUCUGUGGAUCCAAACAAAAGCCUCUGACCAGGCUGUAUGUUACCAUCCUGCUCACAGUGUUGGUCUUUCUCUUAUGUGUUGUGCCCUUUGGUGUCAGUUUGUUCCUGUUAUCCUGGAUUAAGAUUCCUUAUGAGGCACUUAAUUGCCUUUUUCUGUCUUCACUUGUCUUGUCCUCCGUUAACAGCUCUGCCAACCCCAUCAUUUACUUCUUCGUUGGCUCCUUUAGGCAGAGGUUACAGGCACGGAACCUCAAGCUGGUGCUUGAGCGGGCUUUGCAGGACACUCCUGAAGAGGAUGAAUAUGGAGGUAGCCUUUCUCAGGGAACCCUGGAGAUGUCAGGCAGCAGAGUGGAGCAGGGGUGA